CCAAGCCAACGGCAAUGACCCUGAGCUUUUUGAAAUCCCACCUGAACUAGUGCUGGAAGUACCAAUUCGGCACCCCAAGUUUGCCUGGUUCAGGGACCUGGGUCUCCAGUGGUAUGGCUUGCCAGCAGUUUCCAACAUGCUGCUAGAGAUUGGAGGCUUGGAGUUCUCCGCUUGUCCCUUCAGUGGCUGGUACAUGGGAACCGAGAUUGGCGUCCGGGAUUACUGUGACAAUUCUCGCUACAACAUCCUGGAGGAGGUUGCCAAAAAUAUGAAGCUGGAUAUGAGGAAGACUUCCUCACUCUGGAAGGACCAGGCAUUGGUGGAGAUAAACAUUGCUGUUCUUUACAGUUUCCAGAGUGACAAAGUAACCAUUGUGGACCAUCACUCAGCCACGGAGUCUUUCAUCAAACAUAUGGAGAAUGAGUACCGCUGCCGGGGAGGUUGCCCUGCCGACUGGGUGUGGAUUGUCCCACCCAUGUCUGGAAGCAUCACCCCUGUAUUUCACCAGGAAAUGCUCAACUACAGACUCACACCUUCCUUCGAGUACCAGCCUGAUCCUUGGAACACACAUAUUUGGAAAGGUCUCAAUGGAACUCCCACCAAGAAGAGAGCCAUUGGCUUUAAAAAGUUAGCCAAAGCCGUGAAGUUCUCAGCCAAGUUAAUGGGACAAGCAAUGGCAAAGAGAGUCAAAGCUACAAUUUUGUAUGCCACAGAAACGGGGAAGUCCCAGGUCUAUGCAAAAACCUUGUGCGAAAUCUUCAAGCAUGCCUUUGAUGCGAAGGUGAUGGCGAUGGAUGAGUACGAUAUUGUCCAUCUGGAGCAUGAGACCCUUGUGCUGGUGGUCACAAGUACCUUUGGCAAUGGAGAUCCACCUGAGAAUGGGGAGAAAUUUGGUUGUGCUCUAAUGGAAAUGAAGAAUCCCAACUCCAGCCUGGAAGAGAGUAGGAGCUACAAAGUGCGUUUCAACAGCGUCUCCUCUUAUUCAGAUGCUCGGAAAUGCUCCACGGACGGCCCAGAUGCCAGGGAUCACUUUGAGAGUGCUGGUCCUCUGGCCAACGUCAGAUUCUCCGUCUUUGGCCUGGGGUCACGGGCCUACCCUCACUUCUGUGCCUUUGCCCGUGCUGUGGACACACUCUUGGAAGAAUUGGGAGGGGAACGCAUCCUGCGGAUGGGUGAGGGGGAUGAACUCUGUGGACAGGAGGAGUCCUUCAGGACGUGGGCCAAGAAAGUCUUCAAGGCAGCAUGCGAUGUGUUCUGUGUGGGUGAUGAUGUCAACAUUGAGAUGGCCAACAACUCCCUCAUCAGCAAUGAUCGGAGCUGGAAGAGAAGCAAGUUCCGCCUGACCUACGUAGCUGAAGCCCCCGAACUGACACAAGGGUUGUAUAGCAUUCACAAAAAGCGGGUCUUUGCAGCCCGACUUCUAACACGUCAGAAUCUGCAAAGCCCCAAAUCCAGCCGUUCGACAAUCUUCGUGCAGCUUCACACCAACAGUCACAAGGAACUACAUUAUAAACCUGGAGACCACCUGGGAGUGUUCCCAGGCAACCAUGAAGAACUGGUCAAUGCCUUGAUUGAACGGUUGGAAGAUGCACCGCCCACCAACCAGCUGGUAAAAGUUGAAUUAUUGGAAGAAAGGAGCACAGCUUUAGGUGUCAUCAGCAACUGGACAGAUGAGAACCGCAUACCACCCUGCACCAUUUUCCAGGCAUUCAAAUAUUAUUUGGACAUCACAACCCCUCCCACACCAAUCCUGUUGCAACAGUUUGCCUUACUGGCCACUAGUGACAAGGAGAAGAAGCACUUACAGAUUCUCAGCAGGGGUCUUCAGGAAUAUGAAGAGUGGAAAUGGUCCAAGAAUCCCACGAUGGUCGAAGUGCUGGAAGAGUUCCCAUCGGUGCAGAUGCCCUCUACCCUCCUCUUGACCCAACUGCCACUGCUGCAGCCCCGUUACUACUCUAUUAGUUCCUCCCCUGACAUGUACCCUGAUGAGGUCCACCUCACAGUGGCUGUAGUCUCCUACCGCACCAGAGAUGGAGAAGGGCCAAUGCACCAUGGAGUCUGUUCCUCCUGGCUCAACCAGAUACAGGAAGAUGAAGUGGUGCCAUGUUUUGUCAGAGGAGCUCCUGGAUUCCACAUGCCACAAAAUCCGCAGGUUCCUUGCAUCCUCAUUGGCCCUGGAACAGGGAUCGCUCCUUUCCGAAGCUUCUGGCAGCAACGGCUCUUUGAUAUCAAGCACAAAGGUCUGCAGCCAUGUCCCAUGACACUGGUCUUUGGUUGCCGACAAUCCAAGAUUGAUCACAUUUACAAAGAGGAGACUUUGUUGGCCAAAACCAGUGGGGUCUUCAAGGAGCUGUAUACGGCCUAUUCCAGGGAGCCGGAUAAACCAAAGAAAUACGUGCAGGAUAUCCUGAAGGAGGAGCUAGCAGGGUCAGUCUACAAGGCACUGAAGGAGCAAGGCGGUCACAUCUAUGUGUGUGGUGAUGUCACCAUGGCUGGAGACGUCCUCAAGACCAUCCAGAGCAUCAUAAGGCAACAAGGCCAGCUGACAGCAGAGGAGUCCAGCACUUUCAUUAGUAAGCUAAGGGAUGACAAUCGAUACCAUGAGGAUAUAUUUGGAGUCACUUUACGCACAUACGAAGUGACUAACCGCCUCCGAUCUGAGUCAAUUGCGCACAUUGAAGAGAGCAAGAAAGACACCGAUGAGGUGUUUUGUUCCUAACCUUGACCAACCGUUGCCCAAGAUGGGAUGCCAAACCCAGGCCAGUCACACAGCAGCUCCUGCUGCGUCUUUCCAGCCCACGUGAGGGCCUGGACCCUGUACUGACACAUCCACAUCCACUCCUUUUCUCCAGGGACUCCACAGCCCACGAUAAAAGCUAUCCUGUGUUUCAUCCUGUUGUUGUAUCCUGAAGAGAUAUGUGUUGGCCGACAGUACGGAUGGCAGCAGAGGAGAUUACCGUGAAGCUGAUGAUGAUAUUUUUCUCCAUCCAUCCCCCUUGCAGAAAAUUCUCCUCCUCCUUGUACCCUGUGGCAAUUUUCUUUUCACGUGCCCUUCUCUGGAAUUCCUCUCCACUGAAGUGUGAUGACUUUUCUCCACUUUCUUCCUCCACCUGUUAAAGAGGGGGCCAUUUUUUUGGCGGCUGCAUGAAAUGGCCACCUAGCUACCAUCAUCUGCAUCGUUUGGUGUUCCAGGGUGGGGUUAAGCAGUGGAAGAUCAAGGACAGCAGCAGAGAAAUGUGGAAUCAACACCAUAUAUGUCAAAAUAUCUGCCCAGCAUGAUCCGCUUUAAGCAGGGAGACCUAUUUCUCCCCUUCUUUUUCUUCUUCUGCCCUCUGGUCAGAGGAGGAGAGGAGGCAAAUGUAUGCAUGCUUUUGUUCCUGUUCAGCAUCUUAGUUCUCCGUGCUGGGUCUCUAUUGAACAGCUAUCAAUCUCACUUUCAUUGGUAUGCUGUGUUCUGUUUGUCGUAUCCAAACGUCAUGUGUUGCUCUGGCCUCCUGAUCCUCUCCUUGUGUAAGAUUUGUUCUGAAUCCUCUGCACUGUGCCUAUGUACAGCCAAGUAAUUUAAUAAUGAUAAUAAUCUUAGAACUGCAGAGCUAGGAGGGACCCUGUGGAUCAGAGAGUCCAGCCCAUCUCAUGGAGGCACAAUGAGGUAUUGAACGCGCAACCUCUGGCUUCACAGCCAGGCACCUACUGUAAAUGACUGAGUUAUUUCAGAUUCUGUAUUUACUAGUUUUCAAAGGGGGAAGCCUUCUUGAGAUUGGAUAUGCAGAAGCAACGGUGGUCUUCCAAGUGUGUUCUGACUGCAACUCCCAUUAACCCUCGCUGUUGAACUGUGUUGCAUCGAAUUGAUCUGAGUUGUAGGCAACAACAUCUGCCUAGCCCCACACACGCACGUGAAAUUGUCAGCUGGGUUAUUUCACUUCCUUCAAAGCAUGGCGAGUCAGGCUUGCUGCUUUCACCACAGCCCCAUUCUGGGGAGGGGGACCGAGUUGCGAAGGUGGGCAGCCUUUUUAACCAACAGGCUGUCAUCCACGGGCUGUGCCCUGCCUUUCAGAGCUAAGGGGUCGGGGUGAGGAAUACAAAUGAGAGAAGGUGGAAGAGCUUAUGCUUUUUUUCACUUCCUGUGUUGUGUGUGCCUUUGUCCUACACAAGCUAGAAAGAGUGGUGGCAAAGGGCCGCAUCUGUAUAUAGUCAGCCCAACAUAUUUUGCUCCCUGAGGCAAGUGCAGUACUCCUCCAAAAUAAAAAAAGUUUUAAAAAUAAUUAUUUUGUUAUUUGGGGUGGCAGUAAUGAUACAGUAGAGUUAAAUUAGAUUUUGUGGCAAGGGUGUAGUGUGUGUUGCUGUGCACCCCGCUAGGCCCCUCACCAGUGGAGCCAGCAUUCCCUAUUAAUAACUCCACGGGGUCCACCUCAGCUUCUUGACAUAUCAGUUUUUAUUUGAGUUACAGCAGUACAGUGGUGCCUCGCAUUACGGUUAAUUCGUUCCAGCUAAAUCGC